GGCUCGUAUAAAACCGAAGGGGCGCAUUACUUUCUGGAACGUACUGUUGCAUGUCCCAAGGUUCGUGGCGCUCAAAACUAAAAACCUGCCAAUUUUUAGUUAGUCAUUUCGAAAAGAAAGUAAACAGUGAUUUAGUUUUUCUCAAAGAACUGAGUAGGGCCGCAUUUUAGAACGACUCACCAAAGUUGACCUUUGCAACAUUACAUUCACUGAUAAAAAACAAAAUGGCGGUUUCGCAGAAUUUGUUACUACUGCUCGUUGCGGCUGUCGGCUGCUGCUCGUCUGCCAGCAUCGCCGGUCAAGGUCAGGAAAAGCAGUUGACAAACCAAGGGUUAUCUGCCCACAACUUGCAGAGCUGGGACGACUGGGUCAAGAAACGAAACGGGGCUCCCUGGGUCACUUCCGGCCUCUCUCGGGACAAGCUUCAGCAGUGGAAGGACUGGGCGUACAAGCGAGGCUUCGGUGACGUGGUGCCAGACGAGCAGUUCGGGACGCUGGACAAGACCCGCUUCCAGGGAUGGAAGGACUGGGUGGCCAAGCGAGGGGACGGGAAAGGCUUCAGCGAGGCCAACAACGACGAGCUGCUACGGUGGAACAACAUGAACAGCCUCCAGAGCUGGGAGGACAUGAUCAAACGACACUUUCCUUACGACUCGACGGGCCUCAACGGUUUAAACACGGGGGAUCUCCAAUCUUGGCAGGAUUGGAACAAACGCUUCCAGACCUUCGGUGCACAUUCUCUCGACAGCAAUGGCGACCUCAUGAGUUGGGGCGACGCUGAGAAGAGGUCUGCCGACAAGAGAUUCAAAACAUUGGGUGCUUUUGGUACUCAUUCGAUGGAUGGGAACGACGAUUUGAUGAGUUGGGGGGAAAAGAAGUCUGCCGACAAGAGAUUCAAAACAUUGGGUGCUUUUGGUACUCAUUCCGUAGAUGGGAACAACGACGACUUAAUGAGUUGGGGAGAAAAGAAAUCUGCCGACAAGAGAUUCAAAACAUUGGGUGCUUUUGGUACUCAUUCCAUGGAUGGGAACAACGACGAUUUAAUGAGUUGGGGGGAAAAGAAGUCUGCCGACAAGAGAUUCAAAACAUUGGGUGCUUUUGGUACUCAUUCCGUGGAUGGGAACAACGACGACUUAAUGAGUUGGGGAGAAAAGAAGUCUGCCGACAAGAGAUUCAAAACAUUGGGUGCUUUUGGUACUCAUUCCGUAGAUGGGAACAACGACGACUUAAUGAGUUGGGGGGAAAAGAAGUCUGCCGACAAGAGAUUCAAAGCAGCAAGUGCUUUUGGUACUCAUUCCGUAGAUGGGAACAACGACGACUUAAUGAGUUGGGGGGAAAAGAAGUCUGCCGACAAGAGAUUCAAAACAUUGGGUGCCUUUGGUACUCAUUCCAUGGAUGGGAACGAUGAUUUGAUGAGUUGGGGAGAAAAGAAAUCUGCAGACAAACGAUUCCAGAAUUUAGGCGGUUUCGGAAUGCAUUCCCUGGACAACUCCGGUCACCUGACGAGCUGGGAGGACGGCGCCAAACGAACAGACGACAAACGACGACUGGUGCGUCUACCGCAAGCCUUCGGCAACCACAACAAGCUGUUUACCAGCGACCUCCAGGACUGGACGUCUUUCGACAGUUCCAAACGUAGCAAGGCUGACGCAGCAGUCAGGCAGUAGAUUGUUUGCCAGCACAACUGUGUCCCCACCCCCCAGGGUUCACGUCCAUCCACCCUGCGGGCUGCAGACGUUUUAAAUUAAAACGCAAAUAAUUUAUUUGUGUGUGUCAAUGCGUCAGUGUUACCAGCAACUAAAUAGACUCAGUUUAUAUUUCGUUACAAUCCCUCUAAUUUAGCACAUUUUACUCGCACAAGAAAUUUUUAUGAAACUUUGAAACUCAAAUAGCUCUGUCGUAUUUUUAAUUUCAUACACAGUUUCGUGAUACAAGCAGAAACUAUUUCAUCGAGAUGACCCCAGAAAACUAAUUACACUGUUUAACACUGUUUAACCUCAAACUUUGGUAAUAUCAUGGGUUAAAUUUAUUUCCAAAAUGUGUGUAAUCUUUCCUCAGUUGUAUUCAUGCUUUGCCAGUUCCUGCGGUUUGCUUGGCUUUGUUGUUUAUAUAGCAACUAGAUACACACUGUAACUAUCCUGGUGUUCAGUGCAUCCAAAUAAUACAAGCCUAAGUGCACCCAAAUAAUACAAGCCUAAGUCUAACCUUUGAGUUGAUCCACUAAAACCCUAACCUCAGUUUAAACACUGUAUACUCUGUAGCUAUAUUUUUGAAAAUGAAACAACGUUUAUUAAAUAAAAUGUGAUUACCGCC